CAGAGAGCACAAUCCACUCUAUUUAACCCUGUCAUGUUGGCUCACAGACACACAGUCUGUGCUACACUUGUCUCUGCACUGACCACUGAUGAAGAUGAUCUGGCUUUGCGUCGCAUCCGUGCUGUCGAUGGCUUCAGUCGUCUCUGGUCACGACAUCAGAGUGUUUCCAGCAGCGAACCGAAGCGUCGCCGGAGUUUUCCAGGUCAGCUCCUUGAAUGACCUCAGCCAUCCUGAGUAUGCCUUCAACGCCUCUGAGGCCCGGACGCUGUGUUUGUCCCUCGGAGUGAGCAUUGCCACAAAAGCACAAGUGCAGGAGGCGCUGAGGAGAGGUUUAGAAACAUGCAGGUUUGGAUGGAUUGAUGAACAUUUAGCCGUCAUCCCCCGAGUCAAGGCACUUUCUAAUUGUGGCAAGAGCCAGACCGGCUUGGUGAGCUGGCGAGCUAGUGUGACAAAAAGGUUUGAUGUCUUCUGCUUCAAUGAGACAGACGCAGAGACACAACUGAAGGAUACGACGACUAACAGCCCUGUGAGCAGCAGAGAUUACACAGAGCAAACGGCCUCCACCCAUGCAGCAGCAGCAGAAAGACACUCCCCAUCAUCUUCCUCCCUUCAGCCUUCCUCCUCCUCCUCCUCAUCAUCUACUAAACCCAUAGACACUGAGGCCGAGGCAGCUCGCCACACUGGCAGCACAAAAAGCUCCUCUGGAGGAAAGGCUGUUCUCAUCACGUCCACCUGUGCCCUUCUCCUCACUACAAUCAUCAUCAUUGUCUACUUUAAGUUGAAAAGGAUCAACACUGAAGGCUUUGACGUGGAAGGGCAGCAGGAGUCCAUCGAGACGGAGGACUGGACGUGUGAGAAAAGUGUCAAUAAAAACCCGGAGGACGACGAGAAGACACAAGUGGACGACAGUGAAAGUGACGACACGGAAUGACUGUAAAAGGCUUUUAUUUAUGCACACGUUGCACUGUUCGUUCCAUGUUAUUUACUGACCACUGGGUGGCGAUGUUUGCUGUACAAUAAUAUUAAAGAAUGAAGACCA